UUGGAACGAUUCUCUCUAUAUGAGACACGAAGGAGAUUUUACAUCACUGGAUCUGAUCAACCUGGAGUCACUAAUCGAGUCUUGAAGAUUGAUAAGAAUUUGGAUGAAGAUGAUAAACUGGUGAUCACCGAGGAUGCCACUAUCUACACUGCCUCUCAGCUUAGAGCAUUAAUAGAACAACUUACGUUGGGAAAUGCCGCAUCUGGUGGUCUCACUCGUCCUAUCGAUACAUUUUGGGGCAUUGUAGGCUUUAUCAAGUUUACCGGUCCCUACUAUCUCGUCACUAUCAAGACUCGAGUGCCUGUAGCAAUGAUUGGAGGUCACUAUGUUUAUCAUAGUGAGGAAACUCAGUUAACGCCUGUGACAGGAAAAGUUCCCAAAAACACUCAAGCAGAAGAAGCCCGACUGAUGGCUGCAUUCAGAAGUGUAGAUUUGAGUAAAAACUUUUAUUUCAGUUAUUCAUAUGACUUGACCAACACUCUUCAAACCGAUCCUGAAGAAGGCAGUUCAUCUUCCAGAGCCUUUGGUUUUGAUCCACGCCGAGUGGCUUGGGGAUUCCAUGACAAAUUCUUUUGGAAUCAUUAUUUACUCUUGUCGGCUUUCGGGAACACUAUUGAUCGGGAGGGUGGUAGCCCUUGGGUUCUUCCUCUUAUCUAUGGAUUUGUGGAUCAGUCAAAAUUAAAUGUCUUUGGACGUACAGUAUAUGUAGCUGUGAUUGCCCGUAGAUCGCGCCAUUUUGCUGGUGCUCGGUUUUUGAAAAGGGGCGUAAGUGAGGAUGGUUACGUCGCCAACGAGGUUGAGAUUGAGCAAAUCGUGUGUGAUGCCCUGACCACCGCUCUUCACAUCCCUGACCCGGAACGACGCGGCGACUUUCAUGCUCGAAAGCCUAAUCCACGUUACACAAGCUACGUUCAAUUGCGAGGUAGUAUUCCCCUUUUAUGGAAUCAGGAUACUACACUCACCAAAGCUAAGCCUCCGAUUGAAUUUUCUGUCAUCGAUCCUUAUUUCACGGGUGCUGCGCGUCACUUCGAUGAUCUCUUCGCCCGUUACGGUCCUUCAGUCGUUGUCCUGAAUUUGAUCAAACAGAAAGAACGACAACCAAGGGAAUCUAAACUUUUACCUGAAUUUGUGCAGUGCAUCGAUUUCCUUAGCCAUUCUUUGCCUGAACAAGAUAUUUUGCAUUAUGUUGGGUUUGAUAUGAGUGCGGCUCAAAGAUCAAGACAAGUUGAUGUGAUUAGCUUUUUGGGUGGGGUUGCUGAAGAAGUGAUCAAUAGAACAAAGUUUUUUCAUAUGGUUCAUCGAGCUGGCCCUGCAUUACAAUGCGGAGUAUGUCGAACGAAUUGUAUUGAUUGCAUCGAUCGGACCAACGCUGCUCAAUUCGUAGUCGGGAAAGCAGCUCUCGCUCAUCAACUGCAUGCUUUGGGGAUCAUCAAAUCUCGUGUGACGCCAUAUGAUUCAGACGCGGUUGAUAUCUUGACCAAUAUGUAUCAUGAUCUCGGUGACACCAUUGCUUUACAAUACGGAGGUUCACAUCUAGUCAACACUCUUCAGACUUAUCGAAAAACCGGGAAUCAAUACAAAAGUCAUGCUCGUGAUACUCUCGAAGGCCUCAAACGGUUCUAUGCCAACAGUUUUGCCGAUGCAGAUAAACAAGCCGCCAUCAAUUUAUUCCUUGGA